ACACAUCGUUGAGAACUUGAGAGUAGCUGCCCAAUACGCAUACGCUGCACCCAGGCGCAGGUUAGAAUCUUUCUGCCUUCUUCUCCUCCCUGUCUUGCCUCUCUCCACUUGCCUGCUGUAGGCUCAGAAUGAUGCAGGCAGUUUCCAGGCGAGUAUGGCACCACUCCAUAAAUCCCGUUCCUGCAAUCUCCUCCCUGAAAUCUCUCCAGCCGCAGUCUGAUCACUAUUACGGUGCUGAUCAUCCACGAUGCGUUUCUACACUUCCCACCAGAGGCGUGGGCCAUUUAGUUCGCAAGGGCACAGGUGGCAGAUCAUCUGUAAGUGGCAUUGUAGUUACCGUUUUUGGAGCUACUGGGUUUCUUGGUCGAUAUGUUGUGCAACAACUUGCUAAAAUGGGAUCUCAAGUGUUGGUACCUUUCCGAGGUUCGGAGGAUUGUCAUCGUCAUCUAAAAUUGAUGGGCGAUUUGGGCCAGAUUGUACCAAUGAAAUAUGAUCCAAGAGAUGAAAAUUCAAUUAAGGCAGUGAUGGCGAAGGCAAAUGUUGUUCUCAAUCUUAUUGGGAAGGAAUACGAGACAAGAAAUUAUAGCUUUGAGGAAGUUAAUUUUUCUAUGGCUGAGCAACUUGCAAUGAUUGCUAAAGAACAUGGUGGCAUUAUGAGAUUCAUAUAUGUUUCUUGCUUAGGAGCAUCUCCAGCAUCUCCAUCCAGAAUGCGGAGGGCUAAAGCUGCUGCCGAGGAAGCUAUUCUAAGGGAAUUACCCGAGGCCACAAUUAUGAAACCUGCUGUAUUGAUCGGUACAGAAGAUCGGAUUUUAAAUCGAUGGGCUCAGUUUGUGAAAAAGUGGAGCUUUCUUCCUCUCAUUGGGGAUGGAUCUACCAAAAUCCAGCCUGUAUAUGUUGUUGAUGUUGCGGCUGCAAUUGUUGCAGCCUUGAAAGAUAAUGGCACCAGUAUGGGAAAAGUUUAUGAACUUGGUGGGCCAGAGGUCUUUACUGUGCAUGAAUUGGCAGAGCUUAUGUAUGACACAAUCCGUGAAUGGCCUCAUUAUGUGAAAAUUCCUUUUCCCAUUGCCAAGGCUUUGGCUUCUCCUCGAGAAAUAUUACUCAAGAAGAUUCCAUUUCCAUUACCUACUCCUGACAUAUUCAACCUGGAUCAGAUCAAUGCCUUUAGCAUGGAUACAGUUGUAUCAGAAAAUGCUUUAACUUUCAAUGAUCUUGGUAUUGUGCCGCAUAAGUUGAAGGGUUAUCCUGUUGAAUUCCUUACCUCAUAUCGCAAAGGUGGCCCACAAUAUGGCUCCACAGUCAGUGAAAGAGUUUCUCCAGAAUCGUGGCCAUGAUGUUCAUUGGAUUUAAUUUUCAGACCUCCUUCUAUUGCCCACCCAACCCGGGACUAAGCAGGUAUGCAAUGCCUCCAUCUUUACAAAGAUCGUGGAAAGACUUUUCAAGUGCAAGAUAUUUUUCAUUGUACUUGCUACACAAACAUCUCAAUGACAUUUUGCCAAUAAAGUUGGAGAUGUUUGUUGAUUGCUAUUUAUGGCUAUUGCAACACUAACUUCCUUGGACAUUGGAGAGUUGCUGAUGAGAUUAUAUUACUGACACUGUAGGUUUCAGAGGAGGGCCUCAUUCCUGAAAAAUAACUAUAGGAGAGAAUAAAGAAAUGGAAGAUCUUUCAAUGAUUUAAUGUUGUAUGAUUUUGAGAAAUAUUUUGAUCACUUGUAAUCCUGAAAAAGUUUCCAAGGAUUUGUUUUGGCUGCUUCUCAGGCCGCAGGGUUUAGUUGCAUUGUUGUCCCUAUUAUUUUAUCUGCUGCUUUCUCACAUGUGUAUUCUACUUGAUUUUUGAUGUUUUGAAUCUCAUACCUGAAUCCCAUUUUCGGUUAAGGGUAAUUUAUAAGGUACAGCAUUGAGGUGGCC